GAAAUUAGAUGCUGUGACUGUUAUGAUGACGAGAAUGACGACGACAACGACUACUGCUGUUAUGUUGAUGGUGAUGGUGACGACGUAUCAUCGUCGGGAGUGCAAGUGCGUUUCGAGAACGAAAGAUCUCAAAGUUGUUUAAUUGAUGAUUUGCCAUUUAAUUAUUCGAUUGUUAACGGAUUACAGUGUAAAUAUAAAAAUAAAUCGAUCAACCGAUCUCCGUUAAAAUUACAAUUUCAAGUUGAUCGAUAUGAACGAAAUGUAGAAGAAGAAGAAGAAGAAAAAAAAGAAAACGAAAGAUCGUCUAGGAGCAUCGAACGUAGCGAAACUGAGAUCAUUCAUCGUCUGGUCGAAUCAAGGUAUAAUUUACAAAGUGCUGUGGAAAAACGAACAAAUAGAACAACGCCAUGUCGUCGAGAUCGGUUGUCCUUGGUGUUCAGAGAAAUCAGCCUCGUAGUCCGAAAGUUCAACAAUUCGAUGGGACAACGGAGACGAAUUCAAAACCGAAUGAAAAUCUUACGCAAUUAAUUAACGCAUCUACGAAAGAAGAUAAUCCAAUUUUGGAAAAUACUGACAUUUCUGCUACGAGAAUUAGAAAAACGAGUAUCUCAAUGCCAAGUAAAUUAAACGAGAUGGACGAUCUUCGUAUCGACGGUCGGAAGACUACCACAUCAAAAUUUACAAGUGCCGAAAGUGACAGUAGCAGUGUAACUUUCAGUAACAGCGGUUCGACACCUAACGGAAGUUCCCUCGGCUCUGAAACGGAAGAAGAAACCAAUGACGAGGAAUUGGUAAAAAUACCAUUGCAAGCACCACCAAGAAGAAAAAGCAGAGCAGCAUCGCCAUCAAUAACACAAAGGCUUGGUAACGAAUCCAUAGAUCUUCCAGGUGGAGUACAAAGUGCCAAUUCGACAAUCACUAGUGUCAAUAGUAUAAGCAGUUUGCUCAAGGAAAAACUUCAAUUGUCAAUUCCACAAGCAUUGCGGAGUAAUAAAAAACGACAGAAUGCGGACUACAGGCUCCGAUUAUUCGUUGGAAUAUUGUUUCUAUGUGUGGUAUUUCUCGUUGGAUUUGCUCACAUUUAUUACACCCAACAUGUUCUACAAAGAGCAUAUUUUGACAAGUUCAGAUUCAAUAAGAACGAACGAGUGAUGCACGUGUACAGUAGUAGCGGCACUGAAGUAAUUGCUGCUCGAUUAGGUGAAGGUAUACCAGCAAAUACUGGAGUUUUCUCUUGCCUACCGCAUCAUCAACGACAAGAUUCAGUUUGCCUCGAAUGGUUACAACAAACGCGUCUUUAUUUGGCACAUACGAAACACAGGGAUAUGAAUUGUUAUCAUGUAACCUGGCAGAGUUUGAGUCCUCAUUACAAUCCAAAGGAUUGUUUUGAUUGGUCAACGAAUAGAGGACAUUGGUAUGGUGCUGGUCAGAUUCAAAGUAUGCCGUAUCUUUUGGAACACGGUAGAUUAGAUUUGAGUCCAUUCAUAACCGGUGAUGUCAGGAAACAUCCUUUCGGAAAUGUUUUGAAAAGAUAUUUUCUUAAUUCAAAAGGAGCCACAAUUUUGGUUGAUCCAGAAACACCUCUUUAUGUUUCCAUCAGAUCCAAUCGUAGUAAUGACUUUUGUCUCCAGGCUAAGCACGAUAAUUUUGCCUAUAUAAAUCAUUUAACGCCAUUGCCACAAUUAAAUUAUACCAUUUGUGCUACCGACAACAUGAAAAUUCUUCAUUCGUCAAUGGCGGAGAAAUCUUUGUGGGAUGGAUUGAAACCAGACGAGUUACAUGCCGUUCAUUCUCUUCUCUCUGAACCAGUUUGGCAAAUUUCACCUACAAAUGAAGCUGCAAUUUACAAUUAUACCGAAGACGUCAUAGCAUUAGGCUUUUUGCGUCAAGGUCAUGUACUAUUGAGCGAGGAAUGGCAACCCAGUCCUGGUGAUUUCAUUUUGGACGAAGAUCGUUUUCCAUCUAUGGAGGAGACUAUUAAUAUCAUUCAUCGUCGUGGUUUCAGAAUAGUUUUUAGCAUUCAACCGUUUAUAUCUACGGAAUCGAUCAAUUUCAAAGAUGCAGUAGCAAAUAGGUUAUUGAUCUCGGAGAGAGGUAGUGAUCCAAGGAUUCCAGCUUUGACCAGAUACAAACAGAGCAACAGCGCUGGUGUUCUGGAUAUUACCAAUAACAAAACAUUACCGUGGCUUCAAGCUAAAUUAGAAAGUUUAAUUACAAAAUAUCACGUUGAUUCGUUUUAUCUUGAUUUAGGCACCGCACAAGACAUGCCACAUUAUUAUAAAUGUGAGCAAGCAUUGACGAAUCCUGAUCAUUACAAAACAAUCUUCACCAAAUCGAUAUUAGGUUUAAUUCCUGUAAUUGGCGUAUCCAGUGCUAUAUCUAGACCUAGAGCACCGGUAUUUGUAUCUUUGCCACCUUUCCCUUCCUCUUGGAAGGCUAUCAAAACUGUGAUACCAACCGUUCUGAGUUAUGGAAUGAUAGGUUAUCCGUUUAUCAUGCCAGGUGCUGUAGGUGGUGAUGUAGCUUUGCCAAUGUCCGAUGACAAUCCUGACAAUGAUUUUGAGGUUAAUCUACCUGACAAAGAAUUGUACGUUAGGUGGCUUCAAUUGUCUACCUUUUUACCCGUUAUACGUUUCACUCAUUUACCUAGUAAAUAUUCUGAUGAUUCGGUCUUGGAGAUAGCAAAGAGAUUGACGACAUUGAGACAAAAAACGGUGACACCUUUAUUGAAAAAAUAUGCUAAUGAAACUUUAGACACGGGUGUGCCGAUCAUUAGACCCCUUUGGAUGUUAGAUCCAGGUGAUCCAGCUUGUCACGUAGUCGUUGAUGAAUUUUCUGUUGGCGAAGAAUUGAUUGUAGCACCUGUACUAUAUUCAGGUAGCAGACAGAGAGAAGUGUAUCUACCUGCUGGUGUUUGGAGAGAUGGUAUAGAUGGUAGUCUUAGAAAAGGAUCAAGAUGGAUCCAUAAUUACAGAGUUGCUGAAGAUAAAGUUGCCUAUUUCGUUAAGAUGCCGGAUAACACUAGGUUCUAAAAAUCGUUCUAGAUCGAUUUUAAAUAAUAAUCAUUGUUAUAUUAUUCCAUCUUUCUAAAUACGAAUAAAAAAUUAAGGUUGUAAAAA